UUUUUAAAUAGAAGGCAACGAAUUUUGCGCUGCUAAAAAAAAAAAACUUCACGCAGCUCAACAAUUCAUCAUCGUUUUUCCACAAUUUGUCAGUGAAUAAAAUAUUGAGAAUGUCAUCAACGAAUUCCUUCAAUCAUCCGUAUGGCGUGUCGGCGGCUGCCGCUGCUACUGCCACUACCGCAUCAACAACCGGAACAAAACCACCCGCUGAAGGUGCCAACAAGCAGAAGGGUGGCGGUACAACCUCAAUGCGUCGUCUAGAUUCAGCUGCACCAAAUAAACGCAACAUGCCCUCAAAUCAAUAUAAUGCACAACAACAGCAUCAGCAUCAGCAGCAACAGCAACAGCAACAGCGCGAUUCAAAUGCUUCGCCAAAGCGACAUAUACAAUUUGAACAACGCCAACAACAACAACAACAACAACAGCUGCAGAAACAAGAACAACAAUUUAGUGAUGCUAUACAAAGCGAAGAUAAUUUGGAGUAUUUUAUAAAAUUUCCAACACCGAAUUAUCGCAACGAUGCAAUGGAUACUGGCGAUUCGGAUUUUGUAUUCGUAUACAAUGAUUCGAACGAUUCAAAUGUUCCUAUUGUGAUGUUACUUGGCUGGGCUGGCUGCCAAGAUCGUUACCUAAUGAAAUAUUCAAAGAUUUAUGAGGAUCGCGGCUUAAUUACCGUCCGUUAUACAGCACCGGUGGAUACACUCUUUUGGAAGCGCACCGCAAUGGUGCCGAUCGGUGAAAAAAUAUUAAAACUUAUGUACGACAUGAAUUUCGAUACACAUCCGGUGAUUGUGCAUAUUUUUUCAAACGGUGGCGCUUACCUCUAUCAACACAUAUCGUUAGCAAUGCGUAAAUAUAAAACACCAAUACAAAUACGUGGCAUGAUAUUCGAUUCGGCUCCUGGCGAGCGCCGUAUAUUGGGCUUAUACCGUGCGGUAACGGCAAUUUAUGGCAAAGAACGCAAGAACUGUCAUUGUGUUACAGCACUAAUUAUAACAUUGACCUUGAGCAUUAUGUGGUUUGUUGAGGAAACUUUUGCUGCUUUUAAAAGCCUCUUCUUCAAAUCAGAGCCGGUGCAAACAAAUCCCUUUAGUGAUUUGAAAAACGAUGCAACCCAAUUUCCACAGCUAUUUGUGUAUUCAAAGGGUGAUGUAGUGAUUCCUUAUGAGGAUAUUGAAAAAUUCAUCAAAAUCCGUCAGGAACGUGGUGUGCAUGUAUCCGCCGCAUGUUUCGAGGAUGCUGAACAUGUUAAGAUCUAUACAAAAUAUCCGUCUCAGUAUAUUCAAUGCGUUUGUUCAUUUAUCAACAAUUGUUUAUCGCGACCCUUCAAAGGUGGUAAUGACUUGGGCACUGUUACGGAAAGUGGCUCGCCAACCAGUUCCAUUCGUUCAGUUGUGGGUGGUAAUUCAGCAAAAUAUGAUUAAAGUAUAUAAAACUACUACUGGUACCGUUAACGAUUAUGUACUAACUACAUAUAGAUACAUAUAUGUACUUAGCUUAUAUAUAAUAUAAAAGUAUACACGCAUAAUUAAUUUACUUUGAAGGCGUCGCAUGGUGAAUGUGUUUGAUUUAUGCAACUGGAACAAGAAUUGCUGAAAGUGUUGGAGCCGCUUGAAAGAUUUGCAAUAUUUUAACAUUGUAAGUGCACAAUUUAAUGAAAAAAAUAUUAAACUGCGUUAAUAUCUAUAAUUUUACUAUAAGGUCCUAUUCAAAGCAAAAUUAUUAUCAUCUUUUCAUCUUUUGAAAUUUGAAAGAAAAUAUAUAUUACGGCUUUGUUUUUAUUUUAAAUGUUCAAAAUGUGAUACUGUCGAAAGUAAAUGAAUGAAAUUUGUAGAUUUGGCACAUUUCAAAGUGCAAUUUAGGUCGUUUUAAUCAAAACUAAAUAAGAAUGAAAUAUUUUCCUACUUAAAACAAAUACCUACAUAAAUACCAACAAACAUAAAUGCAUAUUAAUUAAUUAAAAGUUAUGUGUAUGGCUUUAAGUAGUGAACGAAUUUAAAUAAAUAUCAAUUCUGAA